ACAUGGACUCAUAUACAUAUACUUUCCUUUCUCGUCAGAGCUACUACUCCAUACACACAGACACACGUAAGAAAGAAAACGGGUAAUCUCUGUUCAUUCAUUCAUUCAUUAAGCGAUUAUCUUUCAAUACUUUUCAGCUUCUUCUGUGCCUUCUUACUUUCUACUCAACUUUGCCAUUUGAGUUAGUUAGUUAGUUAGUUGGUUAGCGCAACAAACAAUCAUACUGUGGAAAAUUUUCUAUAUUUUUAGCUCCGAGUCUUGCUUUUCGGUGUUUCUGAGAUUUCCUUGGAAACAUGAUUGUGUCAGCUCUUUUGACAUCUGUUGGGAUCAACACAGCGUUGUGUGUGUUAUUCAUCACACUGUAUUCUAUAUUGAGGAAACAACCAAGCAAUUAUGAAGUUUAUGUUCCUCGCUUGUUGGUUAAAGGAACUUCUAAGAGGAGAAGUCAUUUCAAUUUAGAAAGACUUAUACCUUCAGCAGGUUGGGUUGCUAAAGCCUGGAGACUUUCCGAGGAGGAGCUGUACUCAUUAUCAGGGUUAGAUGGUGUUGUCUUUAUGCGUAUCAUAACCUUCAGCGUGAGAAUAUUUACUUUUGCUGGGGUUAUAGGAAUCUUUGUGCUUCUUCCAGUCAAUUGCUGGGGAAAUCAGCUAGAAGAUUUUGAUGUUGCUAACUUUACCAGUAACUCAUUGGAUGUGUUCACUAUAUCAAAUGUAAACAGUGGCUCUAAAUGGUUAUGGGUACACUUCUGUGCUGUAUAUGUUGUCACUGGAUUCAUAUGCGUACUCCUUUUUUAUGAAUAUAAACAUGUAUCUUCUAGAAGAAUUUCUUACUUUUAUUCAGCCAAACCCCAGCCUCAUCACUUCACCAUUUUAGUUAACAGCAUUCCCACUUCUUCUAGCAGCAUUAGUGACAGUGUUGACAGCUUCUUUAAAGAGCUUUAUCCUUCUGAUUAUUUGUCACAUGUGGUUGUUCGUCGUACAAGCAAAAUCCGAAGUCUCCUGAAUGAUGCGAACAAUAUGUAUAAAAGGGUUGCACAAUUACAACCGGAUCCCAAUAAGCAAAAGAUUAAGAAUGGAGCCAUUUCUCGACUUUUUGGCCGAAAAACUAAUCACAUAGAGCGCUACGAAAAGAUGUUAGAGGAAAUUGAGGAGAAUGUAAGAUUGAGACAGUCAGAGGCUUCAUUGACAGGAGAAGCUCGAGCUGCAUUUGUAUUCUUCAGGACUCGUUUUGCUGCUGCAGCUGCUUUCCAUUUGCAGCAAUCAGUCAAUCCAACACAGUGGACUACUGAGUUGGCUCCAGAACCUCGUGAUGUUUACUGGCCUUUCUUCUCGGAAUCGUUCAUACGAAGAUGGAUUUCUAAGUUGGUGAUUUUGCUUGUGUCUACUGUUUUCACUAUUUCGUUCCUUGUACCGGUAGUAUUCGUACAAGGGCUUACCAACUUGAGUCAAUUGAAAACUUUGUUUCCCUUCUUGACAAGUAUUCUAACCAUAAAAUUUGUCAGUCAGAUAAUUACCGGAUAUCUUCCCAGUCUAAUUCUUCAGUUGUUUCUGCAACUGGUGCCACCUGCCAUGGAGUUCCUGUCCACUAUUCAAGGAUACAUCUCACAUAGUGAUAUAGAAAUGAGUGCAACUACUAAAGUGUUGUGGUUCACAGUAUGGAAUGUUUUUUUUGCGACUGCAUUUUCUGGGUCAAUUCUUUCUAUGACGUCUGUCAUCCUUAAUCCUAAGGUCAUUCCUGGAAAGUUGGCAAUUGUGGUUCCCGCACAGGCAUCAUUCUUUAUUACUUAUGUUGUAACGUCAGGAUGGACAAGUGUGUCAUCAGAACUGUUUCGUAUAUUUCCUUAUAUUUUGAAUUUGAUAACAAGGCUAUUCAAAAGUCCGGAUGAUGAAUUUGAACUUCCAUAUAUGCCAUACCACAAGGAUAUUCCAAGGGUCCUUUUCUUUGGACUUCUUGGUAUUACAUAUUUCUUCCUAGCUCCACUAAUUUUACCGUUCGUCUUGGCCUACUUUUGUCUGGCAUACAUCAUUUACAAAAACCAGUUUAUGAAUGUAUAUGCACCAAGGUAUGAAACUGCAGGAAAAUUUUGGCCUACUGUGCACAAUUCAAUGAUAUUUUCUCUAGUACUCAUGCACAUCAUUGCGGUGGGAUUUUUUGCAUUGAAAAAACUCUCCCUAGCAUCUAGCAUGACGGUUCCUCUACCAAUCCUCACGCUUUUAUUUAAUGAGUACUGCCGCAAAAGAUUCCUACCGAUAUUUGUUGGAUACUCUGCAGAGACUUUGAUAAAAAAGGACAGGGAAAACCAAAAUGAUCCUACAAUGACCGAGUUUUACAACAAUUUGGUAGAUGUUUACAAAGAUCCUGCUUUGGUUCCAAUUCAAUACUCAUCAAACACCAACAGUCUUUCCAGUCCCCUUAUAUCUUCAGCUUAAUGCUGAGACACAAUGUAUUCGAUAAUCAAGUUUUUUGUUUUUGCUCUUAAUUGUAUGUGAUUGAACAUUCAUAUCUCAAGAGCAAUGGAACACAAAAGAUGUUUGUAUAUUGCAUUGUAUUGUAUGCCUGCCUGUGAAAAUAGAGAAAUAGUUCCAACAUUGUGGCCAUUCUUUCUUAGAUGGAGAACUACAUGUAGGAGUCAAGUAAGUUAUCUUUUGCUUUUCACUCUUUAAUUUGCUUCUACAUCUUGAGUUUAUUUAAUUGUGAAUGUAAUAAGUCAGAACCAAAAAUCAUACUCAAUUGAUAAUUGACACAUUUUUUGCCUGAAA